AUCAGGAUCAACUAAAACGAAAACUAGAGGGAGGGACUAACACUAAUAAUAAGAAAAUCUGAGGAUGUUAUUACCUUUUUCAUUCACCUUGAACUGGAACCUUCUCUCUCCUUAACUGCCACAUCCAAAUUAUCUUCAAACAGUUAGUUAAUUAGUUAAACCUCAUUUUUAACUAAAAUGGCAACAACAUAUUUUUCAUCAUUAGGAUCAUUUUCAAGGCUACCAAAUUCAUCAAACUUUACAAAAACUUGUUCACCUUCUUCUCCAUCAACGUUGGUGCAACGGCAAAUUGUAUGUAGAGAUUCAAGUAUAGACUUAUCUACUUCCUCUGAUGGUAUUGAAAGCUUGGAUUGUGGAGUAGUAUUCGAUCGGAGACAAGUGUUGCUGUCGUCGGUGGGAUUUUUAACAGCAUCCAUUAGUAAUGCUGGAAUGGCAGCAGCUGAAUUUGCUGACAUGCCUGCAUUGAGAGGAAAGGACUAUGGGAAGACCAAGAUGAAAUUUCCUGACUAUACUGAAACUCAAUCAGGUCUCCAGUAUAAGGAUUUGAGAGUCGGAAGUGGCCCCACUCCAAAGAUCGGAGAGACAGUGGUGGUUGACUGGGAUGGUUACACAAUAGGUUAUUAUGGUCGCAUAUUUGAAGCUCGCAACAAGACAAAAGGUGGUUCUUUUGAGGGGGAUGAUAAGGACUUUUUCAAAUUUAGAGUGGGAUCUCAAGAGGUCAUACCGGCAUUCGAGGAAGCUAUUACUGGCAUGGCACUUGGUGGUAUCAGAAGAAUCAUAGUUCCUCCGGAGCUGGGAUACCCUGACUAUGACUAUAACAAGAAAGGUCCAAGACCAACAACAUUUUCGGGACAAAGAGCUUUGAGUUUUGUGUUGAGGAACCAAGGAUUGAUUGAUAAGACACUCCUGUUCGAUAUCGAGCUCCUGAAAAUCAUACCAAAAUGAAGUCACCUUGUUCAACUUUCGCCACGACAUUCUAUCUAGCUGCAGCAAGAUCAACUUCCAGUUGGAUGAAAGGAGCAUCAUCCUAAUGAAAGACUCAUUCAUUCCUUAUAGAGGUUUAAGAUUUUGUUGUCUUUGUGUUUAUCAAAAAAAAAAAAAAGAUUUUGUUUUCUUUGUCUCAAAGACAUCAAGUUGUUUCCUGUGCCCGGGGUCUAUCGGAAACAAUCUCUCUACUUCUUCGGAGGUGGUGGUAUGGACUGCGUACAUUUACCCUCCCUAGACCCCACUAUGUGGAAAUAUAGAGUAUGUUGUUGUUGUUGUUGUAAGCACAUCAAGUUGUUGAAACAUUCAUUUUGAAAAGUAACAGUAAUGGGGUCUAGGUGCUGUUGAUGUAA